AAAACAUACUUAAAAUUCUGGCCGAAGAAAAUUUGGUUGAAGGAGAAGGACUUAAGCGUGAUAAUGUAAAUGUUUCAAUGCAAUCAAUACUACGCACAAGAGCAUUUUUUGAUGAUUUAAAUGCAUUAGCAUUUGUACUUCAUCCUAUUAAGCUAGCUAUAUCAAUUCUUGAAUCACAAAAUUGUUCACUAGCUGACUGCUUCAUUGGUCUAGUUUAUUUGGGAGCAGCAAUUAGAAGACUUUCAGAGAAUGAUUAUCAUAAUGUAUGGACAAGAGGAACGUUCUGGCGUAUUCUUUUGGCAGCAGAUAGUUUCUAUGAAAAAAUGGAUAAGAAACCCAAAGAAAGAAAAAUGCUGAUGUCUCAAAUGAGAAGCUACCGAUAUCGCAUUGCACUAUUCGAUAUAUCAUUCGAUGAUAAUGAAUCUCCUUCAGUUUGGUGGAUGUCAUUGGAGGAUUAUUUUUUAAAAGAUGAGAAUCAUAUUUGUCAAUUAGCUCAUAUACUACUUUCUAUAACACCACAUGUGGCCGGAUGCAAAAGAAUUUGGUCUACAUUAGGGUGGUAUAGAAAACAUCGUACACGUCUUUCUUUAGACAAAAUUGAAAACAUGCAAAAGCUUUCUGCUUUUUAUCUUGCAAAUUCGAAGAAUGAGCUGCC